ACAACCACAAAAAGCGCCACCGCCGAGACACGGCUAGGAUGGCACGGGUGAGCACUCUCCCCGCUGCCGGCACGAGCACACCAGUGGCACGAACGAGCAGCGCGACUCGCCCGGAGCCGUCACGAGAGCCUGACCCAGUGGAGCUGCCGGGCGACUUGGUGAGCCCAGAGCCACCACAGGAUCAUGCCCCAGGGGAGCCCGAGGGAUCCUUCCCCACGGCAGAACCAGCACCAGACGAGGGCGGCUCCAACAGUGCCCUUUCAGGCAGCGUUGGUGACUCGGCCAACCCCAUAAUUGACGAGUGUACUCUUUCAGGCAGCGUUGGUGCCGCCGCCAACUCCACAACUGAUGAGACUACUUUUUCUGGCAGCGUUGGUGACGCUGUUGACACCACAACUGACGAGACUCGGCGGGAGCUGCCACCGCUAAAUGCACCGAGGGCCCAGCCAGAGAGCAGCUACGCAACCCAAGUGACCACUGACCGGGACCCCACAGAGCACGGUGCCGCUGCACGUCCGCCUGACGACACCCCACAACCAGCGGCAUCAGCGGACCCCGGCCCAGGAGAGGACGACUACCCACUGGCAGUCCACCUAACUGCAGUUCUCCACCUGCAGUCACUACCAGAGACCCCGGAAUCCUGGUGUAGGUUCCAGAUGAUUCUGGCGGAGGCAACAGAGGUGGCCGCCAGGAGUGUAAAGCUCCCAGACCAAACCAGGCAGGAUGGCCCCCGGCGCCCCAUCAACCCCGAGGAUCCCCGAGCCAUCCAACGACUAUACCGGAGGAACAGGAGACAGGCCGUCCGGCUGAUAACCGAUGGCCAGUCACCCCGGUGCGCCAUACCAUCGGCAGAGGUGGAAGCCCACUUCCGCGGGGUUUGGGAGCUCCGCCGGGCAGACACGAGCCUCCUCGUGGAGCGGGAGCCGGCUGGCGACGAGCUGCCGCUCGACCCAAUGACAGAGCAUGAGGUACUGUCAAAGGCCCGUCGCUGCGAGAACACGGCACCCGGGGACGACAGGCUGACCUACCACCAUUGGUUAGCUGUUGAUCCCGGUUGUCGUUUCCUCGCAGCGGCAUUUAACAUCUGCCUCCAGUACAGGGCCAUCCCGGAUUCGUGGCGGCAGUCCCGCACAAUCCUAGUCCCCAAGAAGGGUGACCCAGCCGAGAUCACCAGUUGGCGUCCGAUCUCGCUGCUGAGAACGGCCAGCAAACUGUUCUCGGGAGUCCUGGCGGCCCGUCUGCAGGCGUGGCUGCUGGAGCACGAUGUCCUGAGCAGGACGCAGAAGGGAUUUCUGCCGUACGAUGGUGUGUUUGAGCAUAACUACGUACUGCAGAGGCGCAUGGACGAGGCACGGACCACCAGCGGGGAUCUCUGCGCGGCAUUCCUGGAUUUCAGCAAUGCGUUUGGUUGCGUCCCCCACAAUGCCAUCGUGGAUGCGGUGCGCGGAGUGGGUGCAGGCGAGACCUUCGCAGAGCUGGUCCAGGACAUGUACUACGAGAGCAGCAGCAGCGUUGUGACCAACGACGGCUGCACGGAUCCCAUCCCAAUGCGCUGCGGCAUACGACAGGGCUGUCCAUUGAGUGGAUUGCUUUUCAAUCUGGUCGUGGACCCCGUCAUCCGGAAGGUGCAGGGCACAACUGCGGACCACUGCAUACUCGCAUACGCGGACGACCUGACCCCCUUGGCUCGGGACCCGGCGAGUCUGCAGGCGAGCAUCAACCUGAUCGAGGAGGAAGCUGGGCGGCUGGGCCUAUCCCUCAACGCUGCCAAGUGUCGCAGUCUGCACUUGAGCGGCUGCUCGCCUGUGGGACUCAGGGGCAGCCAAUUCCUUGUGAAUGGCACCCCCAUCCCUGUCAUCAGGGACUUCGAGGCCUUCGCCUACCUCGGCAGGCCAGUCGGGUUCAACAUCCUGCAAGACGGAUCGGACGUGGACGCAGCCAUCCAACUGGGCACCAGGAUCCUAGGCUCCAUGCUGGCCCCAUGGCAAAGGCUCGAUGCCAUCAAGACGUUCCUCUACCCGGCGCUCCACCACCUGAUGAGGACGGGGACCGUCGGCAAGACUGAGUGGGCCAGACUGGACGAGGCACUCCGGCCACUGAUCAAGCGUACUUUGUACCUACCUCCUGGAGCAUCAAAUGACUACAUCUACGGCAGCAGCAGAGCCGGGGCCUGCGGGAUCCCCUGCGCGGCAGAGACGAGCGACGUCUGCCGGGUGGACUCUGUGUUCAAGCUGCUGACCUCGCGUGACCCGGAGGUUGCCCGGAUGGCUCUGGACGAUCUGAUGGGCAUUGUGAAGGCGAGGCUGCGGCGAGACUGCGACCUGCCCGACGCGGAGCUCUACCUGUCGGGCCACAACGAGGGAGAUUUCCGGAUGCCCGCAACGCAGCUGCGAAGCGUCUGGACGGAAGGGAGGAAGGCGUCGGGGCGACUCAACGUAGCCUGGGAGCUGGGACCGGAGGGAGCAAGCAUCACAGUCGGGAGCCAAGUAAUCACCCCUCGAGGGCGAUCGAAGGUGAUGCAUUCUCUCCGAUUCCAGCUAGCCCAGCUGAAAGAUGCCAGGCUCCACGCCCUGCCCAACCAGGGGAAGGUAAUGGAGUGCGUCGCCGCCGACCCUGCAGGCUCCCACUUCAUCCGGACGGGUUUGUACACCCGCUUUGCAGACUGGCGUUUUAUUCACAGGGCUCGUCUCAACCUGCUCCCCCUUAACGGCGCCCAACCAUGGAAGCGUGGCAGCGACCAACGGUGCAGGCGUUGUGGCUUCGCCAGCGAGACCCUGCCGCACGUACUCAACCACUGCAUGCGGCAGUCCCAGGCCAUCACCCAGCGCCACAACAAUGUCGUCGAGCGUGUCAAGAAGGCAAGUGCUGGCCGCUUCACUCUCGUUUCAGAGAACGCAGCGGUGGGGGACACGCAGCUCCGACCUGACCUGGUGCUGGUGCGUGGCGAGGAGGCAGUGGUGGUGGACGUCUGCAUACCCUUCGAAAACCGGAAGGAGGCCCUGGUCCAGGCGAGGAGGACCAAAGAAGAGAAGUACCGCCCCGUGAUCGACCACCUGCGGCGGCGGUACCAACGGGUUACAGUGGAGGCGGUGGUUGUUGGGGCCCUGGGCAGCUGGGACCCUGCCAACGAUCGCUUCCUCAAAAAGCUCUGUUCCAGGUCCUACCUCAAGAGGAUGAAGCAGAUGGCCGCUAGCGACACCAUCCGGGCCUCCAGGGACAUCUACGCGGUCCACAUCGCAGGACCCACGCGAUGA